UUUUUCACUGUCAGACGCGGCGGUGUGUGUGUAUGAACGCUAGCGUUACACCAUGGCUUUUGUGUAGCUGGGAAAGACGUAUGAUUGAAUAGUGCCGAUUUAAAAAAAAAAAAACACUGAUCUCAGCUAAAAUCGAGAUCUAACUUUAAUUUGAAUUAAUAAAAGAUUACUGAUAUUUUUCGCCGCUGGCUGGGCUGACCGUACAUGAAAAUGGAUCAGGCGGCGAACCGCUAUCAAGUGUUGCACAAUGAGGACGACCCCUCUGAAGGGUCCGCCAGCGGCGAGCCAUCCACUUCCUCCCAGGCCGCUGCUGCUGUGGGCGGUAUUAGCAACCCUGCGGCAAUAGAUACAGAAGCCCCACCUCCUCCUUAUGCCAGUGUGGCCCUGGGAGCAACGGCCGCAGCAGAGAGCACGUUUCCGGGGGACUUUCCCGUGCCGCCACCAUACAGCAUUGCCACAUCUCUGCCUACAUACGAUGAGGCGGAGAAGGCCAAAGCAGCAGCCAUGGCGGCUUCAGCGGUGGAGGUUAUGCCACGAGAUGAGGAUUUUCCUGUUCCUGAUGACUUCAGUGAUGCCGAUCAGCUGAGGGUCGGAAAUGAUGGAAUCUUUAUGCUGGCCUUCUUCAUGGCCUUUCUCUUCAACUGGAUCGGUUUCUGCUUGUCUUUCUGUUUGACCAAUACCAUCGCUGGCCGUUAUGGUGCCAUCUGUGGCUUCGGCCUCUCGCUUAUCAAAUGGAUCCUCAUUGUGCGGUUUUCAGACUAUUUUACUGGAUAUUUCAACGGGCAGUACUGGCUCUGGUGGAUCUUCCUUGUUCUUGGUCUCCUGCUGUUCUUCAGAGGGUUUGUGAAUUACUUGAAAGUUCGUAACAUGUCAGAGAGCAUGGUGUCUUCACUUCGAACCCGCUUCUUCCUCCUGUACUAGAGUCUGUCUCUUUCAAGGUCGCCUCACCAAACAUUCCUCCCUAAUGUGAAAUUCCUUGAUGAUUUGCAACCCGUCAAAUGAACUGGACUGGAUCCCACAGAGGAGAAAAAGAGGAAGAGAAAAAAGACGGGAAAAAAACAGUAUCAACUCAAAUGCCAAAUAUUCUGAACUGAACUUGGUAAAAGUGGAAGUGGCUUUACUGCACUUUGAAUGAGUGCGGAUCUGAUAUGUUAAAGGCAUAAUUUACGCAAAAAUGAAAACUCUUUACGAAUUACUUUCUUCCUUUGAACACGAAAAUAUAUUUUGUAGAAUUGUUAAUGCUGCUUUUUCCUGUAUAAUGAAAGUGAAUGUUGACUGAGGCCAACAUUCUGCCUAACAUCAUCAUUUGUGUUCUUCGGAAGAAAGUCAUUUGGGUUUGGAACAACCUGAGGGUGAGUAAAUAAUGACAGAAUUUUCAUUUUUGGCUGAACUAUCCCUUUAAUAGUGUACAUUUUGGUUUAUAUUUGAAAAUUGACAAAAAAUGGAGGACAAAAAAAAGUUCCUUAUCAGUUAAUAUGUCCACAUACUGCAUGUGGAGUAGUGGAUUUACGUCCUUGGGUUGGACGAACUGCAAAAGAUCAACAGAAAUAUGCAGCCAAGACGUCCUAUGCAAUGCCGUUUACCAAAUUCAGUUAGUCUUGACAAAACUAGACUAGAAUUCUUCUCUUAGCUUUGAUGCAUCCAGGGCCUUGGCAAAUUUUAUUGCAUUGCAGUAUUAAUAAACCAAUCUAGAUAGAGUUUGUUGAUCUCAUAACUUUAGCUAAGCUAAUGGCAGUGUAAAAUAAAAUUGCACAGUUUUUUUCUCUUCUUAAGUUGUGUCUUGCUUAACUUUAUAGUAAAUGAUUAAACAACUUCAUUGAUGUUUUUCAAAACUGGAAAUGGAAUUUGUACUUAUCCUAAAAUAUAUAUUUGCCUUUUGCACCUUCUCAGUUUUUGUUCCUUUUUUAUGAUUAUCGUUAUUAGUUGUUUUAAGUUGCGACUUUGCUCAAGCUGUGACCUGCCUAGAUGACUUUAGUUACUUUACUGCCUGAAUGCUACUGUCAUUUUGUUUCUAUUCCUCACAAGCCUAGCAAUAUUGGAUAUUAAAAAAGAAAAUUGCAUGGUUAACCUGGUUACAGCUGUUGAAAUGACAACUAAUCUAGUAAACAAAACCUGAUUUUAAAAAAUGCAACGUAUAUUUUUAAAUGUAUUAAAACAACCAAACUGUUUUUGUUGGAAAAAAAUAUUGAGGAUAUUCUCUGAUUGGCAGAGAUUAUUGUGUGCUAUGUUUAUUCUCUUGUCUUGCAAAAUGCCAAUAAAAUUCUAAAUCCCGGGAA